GAAAAGACUUAGGUGAGUGGGAAUUUGCAGCUCAUGCAACUGAUGUCAAAACACGAGCCACAAGAGUUCCAUAUAUUCAAUUUGCUGGAGUAAAUGGUCAAAUGUUGGUACAAUGUCUGAUAAAUGGGUUUUAUGUUAUUUACCCAGGUUUAAAAUUACAAUUACCAACUAGGAUCAAUCAAAUUAAUAAGUUGAAUUUGGCAAUAAGAAUAAUCAAGUGUGUAAUGGGUAUGUAUAACGAAUUUAAUAAAACAGUAAAUGAUCUGGAGACAAAUCAUAAUGAAUUUGACAGAAUUUUUAAAAAUGAUGUUAAUAUUCCUAUCAAACCAAUGCAUUCUCUAACUAAUUAUGUUCAUGAUCCUUGGUAG